GCGAGCAGAGCCAGCGUAGAGUCGAACCCGAUCGUGCUCGCCGUCUCGCCAUGCCACAGCCGACGCUGAUCCUGCUUGACCGCCUUUCCCAGAGGGUCUCCUUUCACGAUGUACCCACCCGGCGCUAUCCGUACGGCGAGAACAGGCAGGAUGCUGGCCGCCCGCUGCCGUACAAGGUCCCUGACAGGGUGAUCAGAACCCUGGCAAAGUUCGUUGCUCCGUCGGACCUGCAGUGGGUCCUGCCGCUCAUCAACCGGGACUUUUAUGCCGUUGUGCGCUCCGCCCCGCGGGUGGUGCUUCUCAAAAUUGUUCUCUCGUCAUUUGCGUCUGGGGGACACAUCGCCGUUGCUCCGAGUGAUGCAGUAGGAUCUGAAGACGCAGCCCAAAGCAGCGACCCGACCGGUGCUGGCGAGCCAACCGCCCUCGACGCCGUGCAGCUGCACGGCAAGAUUGCCAAGCCGCUGCUGACGACGUCGUUCUGCGCCCUCCCAGCCGAGUCGGUUCAGAUCACCGGCGCCCACCGGUCGUGCGAGGCAGCGACCGUUCUGGUCGACUUCAAAUCCGUUCCCGACACCUCAAUGGGACUCACGAUGCUGAUCCAGAAUCUGCAUCAGGUUCUCCGCAAGAUGCUGCCGACCGCCGAGGCCCAGGGCCAGAUAUUCAGCAAGCGCACUCGCACUGACGAGCUUACUCCUGGAUGCAUGUUCUUGCUGCCCUGGGAAGUAACCUUCCAGGUGCCCCCAGACGCACACCAAAACUUUGCCGACCAACAGCAUCUCUUUCGUGUGUUGAACCUGCUGAACCCGCCCGUGGUCAACAUCAGCAAUCCACCUCCUGCCGUCUUCAAGAUCCUGCCAAAGAAUCUCAGGGUCUGCCGCAUCACCGGCAUUGCCGCCAAGCUCGACUUUGCUCCUCUGGCCAACUUGCAGAAGCUGUCGAUGCUGCACCUCGAUGGUCAUGUCGAGCACGCCUUGGAUGAGCUGAUCGUCCCCAGCGACCUCGCACCCAUCACGCACCUUCCCUUGCGCGAGCUCGCUCUCGGCCGAUGGCUGCCGCUGAGCGACUAUGGUCAGCUAUGCGAGGCCGUCUUGGCCAAGCUGGACGGACUCUUGUCCCUCACGAUCCGCGGCCUCUUCCAAGGCGACCAAACACCACAGCUGCUCGCCGAUACCGUCUCUGCACUCAAGUCCCUCGUGUACCUCGACCGACUCGUGGAUGUUGACGACGAAUUCUGGGACAUUUUCGACACCCGCGAGCCCAAUCGGUCCAUCACGACGAUCACCGUCGAGCUUUCCGAGGCGCCGAUCCAAGGCUUCCGCUCUCUGCUCAACGGCUUCUACAAGGCAUUCCCCAACGUUACUGUAGUCCGUGUCCAGUUCCGAGAUCUUGAGGAAAGCGAAGGGGAGGCUCACGACAGCAUGACGCUCGAAAUCCUGUCAGCCCUUGAGGGGUUCCGAGAGCAUCACUCGACGGCUGUUCGGAUGUUCCGGCUGGAGGGUCUCCAGCCUGGGGCUGAUGCACUAGUCCGAUGGCUGGCCUUCAAUUCUUACGAGGGGACGGGGAAGCACUUCCGCCUCUCCUUGGGCCGCUGAAGGCGGGCGGUUGCUGCUUGAGAGUUUGCUGGAGUUCACUUUUGUGAUAGAAAACAGCCUUUUCGGGAGGACAGUCUUGAAUACACUUGGUCGAUCUCCUGUGGCGAGGACCGACCUGCAUUGAUGCCGCAAUGUGGGAAUGCGGUGCAUGUACUCGAUCAUCUGGCGGGCUCCAUGGUUUCUCGAUCGAGAUACUCGGGCGAUUCGAGUCGCCGAGCUUCCAGUUUCUUUGGACAGCAUUUGGUCAUGGCGGGGGCGUAUUCAAGAUCCAGAAAAU